AUGGAGGGCGCUUUGACUGUCCGCCAGGUAAUAAACGAAGGGGAAUCAAGCUUUGCUGCUGAGCCCCAGGAAGAGUUAGAGGAGAAUCCUGGUCCAGUUGUGGAUGAGAGUAAUACAGUUUCAGCAAAAAAACAGGGACCAAAUUUACAUAACUGGAGUAGUGACUGGAGCUUUUGGAUUUCAAGUUCCACCUAUAAAGACAGGAAUGAGGAAUACAAAAGACAAUUCACACAUUUACCUGAUACAGAGAAGCUAAUAGCAGAUUAUGCUUGUGCUCUUCAGAGGGACAUUUUGCUUCAGGGACGUCUAUAUUUUUCAGAAAACUGGCUGUGUUUCUAUAGCAACAUCUUCAGAUGGGAAACUACAAUUUGUAUUGCAUUAAAGAACAUAACCUUCAUGACUAAGGAGAAAACUGCUCGACUCAUCCCAAAUGCUAUCCAGAUUGUUACAGAGGGUGAAAAGUUUUUCUUUACAUCUUUUGGUGCCAGAGAUAGAAGUUACCUCAGUAUCUUUAGGUUGUGGCAGAAUGUACUGUUAGACAAGAGCUUGACCAGACAGGAAUUCUGGCAGCUGCUCCAGCAGAACUAUGGCAAUGAGCUAGGCUUAAAUGCUGAAGAGAUGGAAAACUUGUCUCUGUCGAUUGAGGAUAAUGCACAGCCCAGAAGUCCAGGAAGAAGUAGCUUGGAUGACUGUGGGGAGAGAGAUGAAAAAUUUUCCAAGUCCAUCAGUUUUACCCGAGAAUCAGUUAAUCGGGUUUCAGAAGCAGAGUCAAUUGAUGGAAAUCCACCAAAAGGGCUAGAGAAAGAGGAACCCCAAAAUGAGAAACAGAUGAAAAAGAGUCCUUUACUAACUUCAGAAAAGAGAUUAAGCAGAGUGUCGUCAAAAUCACUGGACUUGAAUAAAAAUGAAUAUCUUUCUCUGGAUAAAAGCAGCACCUCAGAUUCUGUUGAUGAAGAAAAUGUUCCUGAGAAAGAUCUUCAUGGAAGACUUUAUAUCAACCGUGUUUUUCAUAUCAGUGCUGAAAGAAUGUUUGAAUUGCUCUUCACCAGUUCACGCUUUAUGCAGAGAUUUGCCAAUUCUAGGAAUAUAAUCGACUCUAUCUGA